UAUGAAUACGUCAUACGAGUGACAGCAUUUCCACUUUGUAUGUAACAUGUUGUAUUAAAUUGUAUUUUAGUGGUGGUAAAUUGAAGAAAAAUGAAGUCCAGAUUUAGUACUUUGGAUAUCUGUGCAGUUUUGACUGAAAUCAAUGAAAAGGUUGUUGGAAUGAGGUUGGUUAACGUUUAUGACAUUGAUCAUAAAACAUAUUUGUUUAAACUUGCAAAACCCGACCACAAAGCGAUGCUAUUGGUCGAAUCAGGAAUUCGAAUUCAUUUAUCCGAAUUUGAUUGGCCCAAAAAUCCGAUGCCGUCAAACUUUUCUAUGAAGUUGCGGAAACACUUGAGGGGUCGCAGGUUGGUCUCAGCGUCACAACUUGGUAUCGAUAGAAUCGUUGAUCUUCAGUUUGGAUCGGAAGAUGCAUCGUAUCAUGUGUUUGUGGAACUUUAUGACAGGGGAAACAUUGCUUUGUCCGAUUGCAACGACGUGAUUUUGAAUUUACUUCGUUUCCGUAAAGAUCUUCAUAAACCUGAUGCUGAACAACAGGUGAGCAAUGAAAACAGCGAUGUUAAAGUAGCGGUUCAUGAACCUUACCCAAGGAACACAGCACGUCAAGUGGAACCAUUUAUUUCAAUUGAAAAGUUAAAAGAAAUUUUGCAAUCUGCGAAAAAUGGAAGUUUAGUGAAAAGAAUUCUUAACCCCCAUCUACCAUAUGGAGCAGCAUGCAUCGAACAUGCGAUAAUAAAUGCCGGGUUUUCCCCGGAUGUGAAACUAGGAGGGGAAUUCCAGUUUGAACGAGAUUGUGAAAAGCUUCACGAAUCACUAAAAUCCUGUGAAGAAAUGAUGCAAACAGCCAAGUCAUUGCAAUGCAAGGGAUACAUCGUGCAAAAGAUUGAAACGAAAUCCGACGGCGAAUUAAAAACUAACGUUGAGUUUCAUCCGUUCGUGUUCAAUCAACAUAAACAUAGAAAUCUUCAAGAAUUUGAAUCCUUUAAUAAAGCUGUAGACGAAUUCUUUGGUUCGUUGGAAUCGCAAAAGAACGACAUGAAAUCGUUACAGCGAGAACGCGCGGCCAUGCGUAAAUUGGAGAACGUUCGUAAAGAUCACGAGUCGCGCUUGAGUGGUUUGCGAUCAGAACAAGAAUCGGACGAAAUGAAAGCCGCGCUCAUUGAAACCAACCUACAUUUGGUUGAUCAAUCAAUUCUCGUCGUACGAAGCGCGAUCGCAAACCAAGUCGAUUGGGAUGAGAUUAAGUUGCUGGUGAAGGAAGCACAGGGGAGGGGGGAUCCGGUGGCUUCUUGUAUCAAAACAUUGAAGCUGGAAACCAACUCAAUGGUUAUGGCUCUAAGGUCACAUGAUGAUGAUGAUCAGAAACCAACGAAGAUCGAAAUCGAUUUGUCGUUAUCGGCGUACGCGAACGCUCGUAAAUAUUAUGGUCGAAAACGAAACGCGGCGAAGAAAGAACAAAAGACGAUUGAUGCUUCAACAAAGGCAUUCAAAUCUGCUGAAAAGAAAACGAAACAAACCUUGAAGGAAGCUGCAGCUGUGAGAAAUAUCCUCAAAGCAAGGAAAGUUUAUUGGUUCGAGAAGUUUCUUUGGUUUAUUUCAUCAGAAAAUUACCUCGUUAUUGGAGGGAGGGAAGCCCAACAGAAUGAAGUUCUCGUCAAGAAAUAUUUAAACCAAGGGGAUAUUUACGUCCAUGCUGAUCUACACGGAGCUACAAGCUGUAUCAUCAAGAACCCGUCAGGCCAACCCAUCCCCCCGAAGACACUGAACGAAGCGGGCACGAUGGCCACAUGCCACAGCGCUGCCUGGGACGCCAAAGUCGUCACAAGUGCGUGGUGGGUUCACCAUGAUCAAGUGUCCAAGACUGCCCCCAGUGGUGAAUACCUCACAACAGGAAGCUUUCUUAUAAGAGGAAAGAAGAAUUAUCUUCCACCCUCCUAUCUUGUGUAUGGGUUCGGGUUCCUAUUUAAAGUUGACGAGACUUGUGUUUGGAAACAUAAAGGGGAACGCCGAGUUCGAACAAACGACGAUGAAACGUCAACAGUUGCUGAAAUUGGAGAAGAAAAUGUUUUAUUGGAUAACGAUGAUGAAGAAGUUGACAACGACGAUCGGCAAGUUGACAACGACGAUCGACAAGUUGACAACGACGAUCGACAAGUUGACGGCGUCGAUCAUAAAGAUGACGACGAUGAUCAGAAAGCUGAGUGCGACGAUCGACAAGUUGACCCCGGGGAUCGACAAGUUGACGGCGAUGAUCAUAAAGAUGACGACGAUGAUCAGAAAGUUGAGUGCGACGAUCGACAAGUUGACGGCGACGAUCAGCAAGUUGACGGCGACGAUCGGCAAGUUGACGGCGACGAUCGCAAAGAUUCCAACGACGAUCGGCAAGUUGACGGCAACGAUCGACAAGUUGACGACGACGAUCGACAAGUUGACGACGACGAUCAACAAGUAGACGACGGUGAUCGGAAAGUUGACGGCGUCGACCAGCAAGUUGACGGCGACGAUCGCAAAGAUUCCGACAGCGACUUUGCGUACCCGGACACGGUUGUGAAACUAAGUUAUGACAUCAACAACAAAUAUCAACUUGAUUCAGUUCCACAAAAAAAUGAAAUGGAUGAUUUCGUUUACCUUGGAGAUGAUACCCCGGUUCCUGUUGUUCGUAGCAAAGCAACCAGCGAUAGUAAGCAACGAAUUUCAGCCAAACAAAGGAGAGAACAAAAGAAAAAAGGCAAAAAAGAAGAGAAUCAACAAGUUGUUGAAAGUAAAAAUCAACAGAAGGAAGUUGGAAAUCAACAAACAAGUAAACGAGGACAAAAGAAAAAGUUGAAGAAAAUUCGUGAGAAAUAUAAAGAUCAGGAUGAGGAAGAACGGCAGUUAAAGAUGGAGCUGCUGCAGUCGGCCAAGUCCCCGAAGCCAAAGAAGGAGAAAAACAAAGUUGAAGUGAAACCAAAAAAGAAAGCUCCAACUCCACAACCCGAGGCUCCACUUCAUACAAACCAAGAUAUCAAAGAUGACAUCACAAAGGAGGACGACCCUGGUUCGGAUGAGGAGCGACACCAAGUGUUGAAAGCUGAACACCUGACGAUGGAUCCCGUUGAUGACAUCAUCGAUACUUUGACGGGUUGCCCGGCAGCUGAUGACAUCAUAAUGUUCGCAAUACCCGUGUGUGCUCCGUACAACGCAAUGUUGAAUUACAAAUUCAAAGUUAAACUGACACCCGGUGGUGGAAAGAAGGGGAAAGGGGCAAAGUUAGCGAUGAAUAUGUUCCAGUUAUCGCGGGAUACAACACAGCAUGAGAAGGAUCAUCUGCGUAGUGUUAAGGAUCAUGAUCUAUCCCGGAACAUGCCGGGCAAAGUGAAAGUAUCGGCACCAAACAUACAAAAACAAAAGUUCAAGGGAAAGCGAAGAUAAUACGAUGUCGGUAUUCACAUGUUUAAUUAAACUUCAAUAUUCAUGUUGCCAGUUUAAAUUUCUAUUGAUGUAAUUCCUUGGUGAAUAUAUGCAGCUGUGAACACUGCAGUGGAAGAAUAAUUUGUUGAGUUGUGAGCGAAUAAACGGUUCCAAUGUGA